CUAAACUGCGGACGGUAUUUAAAAAAAUAUAACAAAUAAAUAAAACAAAUUGUUACGUACAAUUAAAACAAAUAGUUAAUAAAAAAAAUUAAAGAAAUGAAACAGCAGUAAAUUUAUUUAAAACAAAAAACGCGAACAUCAGUUGAAAAUAAAACAAAUAAAAUAUUUUUCCGCCAGUAUAGAAGUGUGUGUGUUGUUUGUGAUAUUAACAAAAAAAAUUUGUUAAAUAAGUUAUUAAAGUGAGUGAGUGAAUGAUAAAAAAAAUAUAUACAUAUAAUAAAAAAAAAUGAUAACAAAAAAAUUUUAAUUUGCCAUUUAUAGAAUUCAAAAGAGGAAAGAAAGAAAAAUGUAUAGGUAUCAGAAAGUAGCAAAUAUUUGAAAUAUUUGCAAUUACACAAAUUGAGAGAUAAGGUUUACAAAUUUUUUUUUUAUUAAUACAAAAUACGAAAAUACAAAUUUACAUCAACUUGAAAAUACAAAUUAAACAGGUUUGUGAAAAUAAACAAAUGUGUUUUUGUGCUGUUUUCCAUUUGUUGAAUUUGGAUUUCGUUUAUUUUACUUCAUCUUCUUCAACUUGAAUACAAUUUAUUGUUGCUGCUGCAAAAAGUUUUUCCCACUCUCUGUUAUAAACGAUAAUAUGCCCGAGGCGAAUGCAACGAAACAAAAUGAUGAAAUUGCCACGAUGUCUACACGCGCAAAUUAUGACAGUACGACGAGCAAAUUGCCCGUAUACAAGUGGAACAGAUCAAAUUCCAUUAAUGUCACUUAUAUUCCUUUACUUGAACGCCGCAACAAUGACUUGCCCUCAAACGAUGACGCUCUCAUCGAUUAUGUCACUGAAUUGUGCCAAAAUGAUGCUUGCAGUUUAAAUUCUUUAAAUGGUUCGAAUCUGUGCUGCUGUUCUCAGAGAUCGAAUUCCUCGUCGUGUUGGCAUUUGAAAAGGAAACAGAUUAUACGACAAAGUUCGCAUGCAUCAGCUAAAAAUAAAAUUGACAUUAGUUUGACAGAAAUAGCAACACACUCGACGAAAAAAUCAAUAUCUUUGCCGGCUACACCAAAUUUAAGUCAACUACGAAGACCUGUUAGAUCCAGCUAUAAGAAAUUAAAUGAUCCUCUAACAAAUCAAACAGCUGAAGCCACCAUACACAUGCCUUUAACGUAUGAGCAAUUUCGAAAACGGCAACAAAUUCAACACACUUCACCACCUUCACCAACAGCAACAACACCCACACCACCUUCAACACCAACAUCAUCGUCAUUAUCAUCAUCACCGGCCUCUAGGAAAUUCAACACAUCAACAAGAUCCAUGUUGUUGAAACAUCGUUCGUUACGCUAUGAGCAGACAACAACAGCAGCAGCAACAUCAUACAAUCAUCUGGCACUUGACAACUGCAAUUCCACCUCUAUUGCCAACACAAAUGCUCAACAAUUUUCAAAUACCAACAACAACCACAACCACAAUAACAACAAUGCAGCAAUAUGUGCAACAAUUAACAACAAUAAUAACAACAACAGCAGCCAUAAAAUGUCCAAAACACAGGGAUGUUUCCUACAAACCUGCUCAUACGAAAUGGAAAAUGGAGAGCCACCCAACACGAUCAAUAGCGAACAACAAAUAACGAAUACACCACGUGGUGGCGGUGGUGGAGGUGUAGGAGGUGGCUUUCUCCGUUGUGAGCAUUGCUGUGAGAGCAUGAGCAGUGGACGACGACAAUCGAAUGGCAAUCGAACAGCAACAAAUAAUGGCCAAAAUACCAAACACCCCAAAUCCACCUCACUUGGCUCCGAUCAUUAUCAGCGUUCAGAUUCGGAAACAGUCUCUGAAUUGUCGUCGUAUCGCUUUGUUACGGAUGAAGAUAUUGGCAUAGUGAACAAUAAAUACUCGUCGUCGCAGUCGCCAUUGUCUUCGAGUGAAAAUGAAAAUCAAAUCAAACGGUUUACGGAAUGUGUGAGUAAUGAUGUUGAGGAAACUUAUGACGACAACGAUCUAAAAGAAAAUAUACAUUCUGCUACAACAACAGCAACUCUACAAUACGAAACGAAUAAUUUUAAAAAUAAAAAUGAAUAUAUACAACAACAGCAACUACAACAGCAGCCGCUGAACCAGCAACAAAAACGCGAUCGUUAUUAUAUUGAUUUGGAUCAUAAUAAAACGUCACGCGCGCAUAGUGUACAAACGCCUACAAAUUGUUGUUAUACAAUUGAUAAAUCCCACAGUGAUCAGUUCAUACCAUAUGCUACUGGCCUUAAUAAUAACAACAACUACAAUAAUAAUUACAAUAACAAUAUCACAAAACCGCUAAAAAUACCCGUGCGUAACGAAACCGUUCAAGUAGAUCUCAGCUUAGACGAUUGUGGCUUGUCUUCGUCUCUGCCUCGUAAUUACGGCAGUAAUUUUGAUACGUGUUCGUUUGCCCGCCAAUUGUACAUACGGAAUUCCUUGCGUUCUCAGAAAACAGCACCACCGGUGCCGCCCAAACCCUUAACGGACUCUGUUCAAGAGGAAUCAUCUUCCUAUGAUCCUCAAAAGUUUUAUCGUAAAUUGCAAAAGUUUGAAAAACAAUCGUCACUCGUACAACAGCAAUCUUUGCCGCGUGAAAUUCCAAGUGCGCGUUCUCAGGAGCGAUCUAUAACGCCCGAGAGAUGUGAAUUGUUAAAUUGUUUUCCCUCCUAUCGUAAUCGCCAGCCAGAGCAAAAGUCCUCUGACCCAUUAAAUGUGAACAGUGAAAUAAUAGAAAAUCUUAAUCCAAACGGCAAUUACGCGGGAAUAGUGCAUUCAAAUCAACAAUUAAAUAAAAACGUUCUAAACUCUUUAAAUACAAAUGGCCAUAUAAAUAAUAAUAACAAUAAUAGUGCACCGUGUAAAAAUUUCUCAGCCUCCUCAAGUGAAUUUCAUACCCCCAAAAGAACUCUACGUUAUGAUAAUCAUGGACGUUUAAAAUCCUCCUAUAUAACCCAACUACCGGUCACAAACUAUCGUCGCGCUUCUCUGGACAAUGAUUUCGCACAAAAAUGUCAUAGUCCCUCUUUGAAUCUAAAACUAACACCAACUCUAACGCGUAAAUUUCAAUACUCACCCAAACACACCAUAACUAAAGAAAUUAACGAAGAAACCGAAGAAGAAAUCGAAGAAAUAAAUCCCAAAAACGCGAGUGUCUUAAACGAGCUAAAAGAUUAUAGUGAAACCAACAAUAAUACAUCACCACCAUCACCUUUACUAAACUCACCCACAUCACCAGCUUUAACCGUACGUUCUCUGUUGCCGCAAAAGAAAUCCUAUUCCACGCCCAUUGUUUUACAUCACGAUCGUCUCUCCAGUCCCGUCUGGUUGAGUACGGAAACCAUUGAAUCUCAUACCUCGUCAUCACAGAAAUGUCUCGAUGAAGUGCAAUCAAAUUGCAGUGAUCAGACCACCAUCUUUCAUUUCGAACACGAUCAUUCUACUUCCUCUUCGCCCUCAUCACUGCUGUACGGCAGUGGUGGUGUAGGUUAUCAUCAUUACGGCAGCAGCUACGGCCAAAACGGUGGCAAUAUAUUUAAAGGACCUUUGCUAGUGAAACGUUUGCCAGCCAUACAAUCGUUUGGUUACAUUCCUACGCAAUCUAGCUCGCUGGGCAGUGCCAAUGUACGAGAGGAGUUUGAAAAAGAGAUCACUAUGGAAAAACGACGUAAUACCUUGGAUCGUUUUCAACGUUUGGCAUUUGGUCGAAAAUCAUCAGCUAAUACAAACGCCGCUAACAGCUCUAGUACUAGCGAUACAACAGCAACAGCCAGCGGUUCAUCGAAAAAUCGCAAGUCUGCCGAAAAAACAGAAAAACUACGCGAAUUAACGGAAUUGUUAAGGGUGGGAGGAAAUCGGUCUUCACCCACACCACCGCCCGUGCCACCACCACGUAAACCCCGAUCAGCCGUCAUGCAGUCACCAUCACAGAGUUCAGAAACACCGGAUAUCAAUGAUCAUUUGCCGGGCACACCACCAACCUCAAUACUAGUGCAAUCAUCAUCAUCAUCGACAUCGGAAGCUACUGCACACAACAACGAAACUCUGCUGUCAUUCAUGUCGUCGAACAGCGAUGAUAUAUUGCCCAUGGAUCAAGAUGAACAUGCCAACAACAGCACCUCAAAAUCUUCGAGCUAUUUACAAAAGCCCGAAGAGGGAGCGGAGCACAAGGGUCGCGCGCAAUUAAACGUAAACAAUACACAAGAUUCCAAGCACACAGCAGCCACCACAUCAAUGACACCAACAACAUCGCCACUCUCCUCUCCCACCAUCACAACAAACGUCAGUCUCUCCAAUUUGGAAUUGCUGGUACAACAACAGCAACAACGAGAAAAUUCAAAAUCACCUCCCCCACCACCACCGCUGUCACCAGGCAACACUAAAGAACAUGUUGUUGCCAACGCCGCUGCUGCUACUGCGGCUCUUUCUGCUGAUGAGAUUGAUGGUGAUUUGGAUUUUAAUGAUUCGCUAAGUAGUACGGAUAUUGCAACGAAACUAGACAAACCAGAAUCGCGCACGAUUAUAGGCUCCUAUUGUCAGAAGAGCAUACCAUUUCGUUCGGCUUCAUUUUCGGCCAUAGAUUACGCGGCGGGUAAUUAUAAGAAAUCAGCCUUAAGUGCUUUAAGAGAUCGUUUAAGGCGUGAGAAAACAGUUGAUCAUACCAGUCCUUCCAGCUCCAUAUUCAAUAGUGUUGUGGAUAAUCUCACCUGGCCGCGCAAAAAACUAGAGGAAAAGGAAGACGAAGCUAAAGAAAUAAACGCUAAACCCCAACCUGAUUGGAUAUAUAUUCCCUUAAAAGGGAAACCAGAACUCAGUAUUAAUUUGUGUUAUGGCCAGGACAAGACAUUAGAGGAUGUCAUGGAGUCCCCCGAUUUAAUACCCGAAGAAGAGGUAUUUAUGGCCGAUACCAUACAGGAAGUACCUGAUAAAGUGGAGGCUGCUUGUGUGGCUACCAUGGUGGCGGCUCAUGCAAAAAUGGAAUCUCUUACCGAUACCAUACAAUCAGACAAUGAUUACAUUAUAGAUGAAUCACAAGUACCCAUAACAGUGGAAGCGAAAGAUCUACAAGAAGCUAAAUCGGAUACUUUGGAAGAAACUCUGGAAGAAGAGGUUAAACCAUUAAUAAAUCCCCUCAACGAUAUAUUUGAGCCCAAUCUAGCCUCUCUAAUGGAAAAUCAAACUGCCACUACCUAUCUGGGAGCUAGAUCGGAUAGUUUCGAAGAAGCUCUGGAACAAGAAGUUAAACCAUUAAUAAAUCCCCUCAAUGAUAUAUUUGAACCUAAUCUGGCAACACUAAUGGAAGAACAAAUACCUUUAGAAUCUCCUCCCGACAAUUUCCUACAAACUGCCACUACUUGUCUCAUACCAGUACCGGUUUAUGAGUGUGCUGCCCAAGAAUGGGGUUUAGAGAAUCCUCCACAAGAAUGGGUAGAGGCUACGCCCGAGAAAUUUGAUGUGAUUCCCGAAACCAUACAACCCUUAAUAUCUCUAGAUGUUUGUCAAGUGGAAAAUGCCGAAACGAAAACACAAAAUGAAACAGUGCCCACUAUUUCAGUGUCACGAUCAUCUGAUGAACUGGAUGAGACAGCCAUUUUGCGCAAACAGCAAGACAGACAUGAAAAUAUGGAUUCUAGUAUAGAUUCCACUUCGGUGGAAAGAAGACAGGCUUCUUUGGAUAGUCCGGAUGUCAAAAAACGUUACAGUCACGAUGACAUGGAGUUAAUCAAUGAAAAAAGAGCUUCUUUGGAAAACAUACCCACUCGCCACAGUGCUGAUGAACGGCGCAAGGCUGACAUGUCCAAGCGGCGCAAGGGAAUUUACAUAGAAAACUGGCAUGAUCAUGCUGAAGGUGAUAUUUCCCCUUCGGUGCCAAAAACUUUGGCUCUAGACAUAACCAUAGCCAAUUUGAAUGCCAUUAAACCAGAUACUCCGGAAGAUAAUAUCAUGUACAUAAACAGUCCCUUGACAGAUGACAAUCGCACACCCGCCUCUUUGUAUUCCUUUGAUCUUAACACCCCCGAAGCCGAGUGUCAAAACUCACCGGUGUGGACCACCAAAAAUCCCAUUAUGGCUAGUUUUAGUUUGCAAAGUUCUGAGGAAAAAGAUGAUAUUCCUUUGGCCUCACCACCCGUCUCGUUAAGCACUUCACAUAUAAGUUUACCGCGCAAUAAUAAAAGUUAUCCUUACUUACGCACCGAUUCGAUAUCGGAUAAUGAAAGUGAUCGUACACCACCACCAUCUCGCGAUCGCACCAGUCCCGCCUUAAGUGAUUAUGAUUUUAAACGUUAUUCCAAGCGUCCCUUGAGGGGUCCCUAUGGUCAGAUGCUGGAGGCUGAAAUGAAGAAACCGAAUAAAAUGCAUUUCGAGGAGAUUUUGGAGGACCUAAGGGAAUCUGAUGUUUCCAUACAACCGAGGCGCCAGCGUUCUAUACAUGAUGACGCAGGUGGUCGUAGUAAUGUGCCCCAUUAUUCCAAUUCGAUGCGUGUGCGUAAAACAACGAACAACACAUAUUUGCCAGUGCCACAACAUACGCGUGCCGCCUCAACACCUUCGCAAAUCGAAAAUGUCAGCAGUAGUAGCAGCAGAAAUGGCGCCGCUGGCACCGAACACUACGAUGACGAUGAUGCGAUUAUCAAAGUAAAGCCGUUAGAGAAGAAAUGUCAAAGUACUUUGGAUACCACAACCAUAGGCAGAGAUGAGUUACUGACAACAACCACCACCCCCGUUGCAGUGGCAACAACUGUGGCCAUCACACCCACCACCAGCACUUGCAAAGCUACGAAAUCAUCUAAGUCUGCGGCGAUAUUGCAACGCGAACAAAAACGAGCUUCCUCCGAGGCGCCCGUCUCAAAGACACACAGCAAACGCAGUCAAUCAAUGAGCAGCACCGAAAAACCAAAUGCGGCACACUUGCAACAUGUGCACCAGCAAAAACGCAGUCUAGACGUUACAAGUAGCAAUAAAACAAAUAAAACUAAUCACAGUAAUGGUGCAACAACAGGCAACAAAGCUGCUGGAACAGUAUCAGGACAAACAAGUAAUACCACUUCAACGUCAUCGUCGUCGACCACAAAUAUCCUGCCCACGCCUGAAUUGUUGGCUCAAUUGCUAAAAGGUUCCAGUGAAAAAUUACUGUCGGAACAACGUCAGCAAAUGUAUGCGGACACCCGCACUCACAUAGUCCAAGAAAUAUUCCGCAAUGAACAGUCUUAUGUCGAGUCUCUGCAAACCAUGGUCAAUCGUUAUUUAAAGGUUUUAAAAGCUCCGGAACAUACUGGCGUUAUUGAGGUUCGCACCGUGGACGAGAUUUUCUUUAUGGUUCCCGAUAUUUUGGAAAUACAUGAGAAAUUUUUGUCCGAACUGCGCAAUCGUUUGGAUAAUUGGGAUACCCAGCAGAAAGUGGGUGAUGCUUUUAUGGAAACGUUUUCCAAACUUGAAGUUUUGGAGGUUUAUACUUCAUUUGUAAAUAACUGCAGUCGUGCCAAGAAUGCCAUACGAAACACCAAACAUCAGAGGCCUGCAUUUGCUAAAUUCUUGGAAACCACAGCUCGAGAACAUAAAGGAAAGUUGACAUUGGAUUAUUUGUUGAUUAAACCAGUACAAAAGUUUCCAAAUUACGAGUUACUAUUUCAAAGACUUAUCAAGCACACCGAUCACGAUCAUCCUGAUCAGAAACACCUACAAGAUGUCUUAAAGCUUGUGCACGACAUUCUAGUGCACAUCAAUUGCAAAGAGCGUGAAAUACUCGAAAAUGGUCAAAGAGAGGCAACACUCAGAGAGUUGGAGGGAGUGAUUGAGGGCAUAACAGAUCUCAUAGCGCCAGAUCGACAAUUUUUACUAUUCGAUUUGGUAACAAUGCCUUCGGGUCAGGGGGCCCGCAAAGAAAGAGGUUUCUUUCUCUUCAACGAUUUAUUGGUGUUGACGAGCAUUAAGAAACGCAGUGGUACCAUACGAAAACCCAAUACUACCAUCUGCCCGGGUACAGUUGCCUCAACAUUGGAUACAAAUAAAUAUAAAUUUCUAACCAAGAUUUCUUUAGAUUGUUUGGAAAUUGUAAAGAAAUUUCUUCCAGCAAAAGAUGAAAAUCUUAAACGCAUAAUGACUGAAAUCGAAAAUUUGGCCGAAGAUUGCAAUAAAUUGCAACAGAUCACUGACAUAACCGCCUCUCUUAAAUAUCCUCAUCAGUAUUUGGAAGAUGUUAUCAGAGAAUUGCAUCGUGAUGUACAGCGCCAACUGUCGGAGAGACAAACGAAUGAUGCUCAAUUGAAUAUGCUCGAAUUAGCUGUGAACUCACCAAAUGGUACUCAGAAAUUAUCCAUAGUUUUUAGUAAGUCUGAAAAGAGAACCCAAUGGGAGGAAACAUUUAACGAAGCCAAACAAAAAUUAGCCGCCACCUUAGAAAAACAUCCUAUACCUGAAUUUUUAACCUCCAUACCCAUACGUAAAACUAGAGCUGGUCUCCAAUUCACCUGUGCCGCCGCCACUUUAAGUGAAAAACGUGAUGUCUGGGUUUGCAACAGUGACGGCUAUGUGGGUCAAGUGUGCAUUAUGUCUUUACAUCCCGAACCGAAUGUGACCAGUUGUAAUGGUGUCUGUAAUGCUCGUAUUCUCUGCGUUGCUUCUGUACCUGCUUAUAAUGCUCAUAAAGCUUCCAUCAAAUCCAACUCCUCCAACGAAGAACACUCCUCGUCGUUGUCGUCAUUGCAACAGCAGCGUUCCUCAUUACCCCCCAAUAGUUAUACUCAACAGUUGUUAGAUUAUCGUAAGAGCAUUUCACCCAACUAUUCCACACCCAAUUCGGCCAUUGGUACGCCCGAAAAGAAACGAAGUGAUAAGACGCUAGCCAAAGCUACGGCUUUAGCUGCGGCUGCAGAAACAGCAUCAACGGCUACAGCAGUGUCUGGCAAUAGUAGUGAUAUUCAAUUAGAUUUAAAUUUAAGUUCGAGCGACGAAGAGGCUGAUCCCAAUGCUGUGGCUGCUGGUUUGGGUAGUGGCGCGUCUAUGUCGGCCGGUUCUAUUGGGGCGCCAUGUGAACGUGUUCCAAGUCCUGCGCCUUCAACACACACUACUGGCUCAACGUCUACAGCCUCGACGGCGAUUGUUGGCAGUAGUGGAACUCUAUAUCAUGGUCAUCAGGACUCAAAUCCCGAAGAAAGUGAUGGCAAUCAAUCAACCAUGUGGAUUGGUACUGAAGACGGUUGUAUACAUGUCUAUAAUAGUACCGAUAAUAUACGCAUCAAAAAGAAUCGUAUCAAAAUUGAACACCACUCGGCAGUCUAUUCCAUACUGUACCUGGACAAUCGUGUUUUUGUGGCUUUAGCCAAUGGUGAUAUUUGUGUGUAUUUACGCGAUGGCAUCGCCUGGAAUACCACCUCUUCGCAUUGUAUAUCGAUUGGUACCGUCACAAGUCCCGUAACAAAAUUGCUCAAUGUACAUGGCAAGUUGUGGUGUUCGAUACAGGGUAUUAUCAAAGUAUUGGAUAUUGAGAAAUUGGCGGUGGUUAAUCAAAUACAAAUAUCGUCGGAUUCCAAGCCCAUAACAAAUAUGUGUGUUUCCAAUAAUUAUGUAUGGAUAUCCAUACAAAAUUCGGCUCAUAUUAAAUGUUUUCAUUCCAAUACCCAUCAAUUAAUCACUGAAGUUAAUUUGGCACAGGCUGUGAAUAAAAUGCUUUCAAAUUGUGAUGAAAUUAUACGCCAACAUAAGGCUGCAUGCUUAAGAGUCACUUCGUUACUAUCCUGCCGUGACCUCAUAUGGAUAGGCACCAGUGCCGGUGUUUUGCUUACCAUACCGGCUCAGGGUUACGACAAGGGCGCCACCAAUGUUGUACCCACUGGUAUACCUCACGGUCAUACCGGUCAUGUACGAUUCCUAACAUUUGUAGAAACCUCGGGCACCUCUACCACCAACUCCAGCACAGAAAGCUCUUCGAGUUGUAAAACUGAGGCAGAUUCAUCGUCUUCGGCUGGCUCGAAAUCCCCCAAACCCCAAAAGGAUAAUGCGCAAACAAAUCAGGCAAAUGCGGCCGCUAGUGCCGCAAAUAUACUCAUCAUUUCGGGUGGAGAUGGUUACGAGGAUUUCCGCAAUUCGGGAGCCAACUCAUUGAGCGAAAUUGCUGGCCGUGAGGACAGCACGAAUCAUCUGCUGAUAUGGCAAAUUUGAAGCCGAAAGCGUAAAAAUCGUUGGCGGGUUUUACUCAAACGUUGGAAAAACAAUAAUUAACACACACACACAGCAUAGCACAACAAUUAUUUAAACAAUUAAGUUUGUUAAGAAUUAUUUUGAUCCAUGAUGAUGAUGAUGUUGUUGAGGAUGUUUUUAUUUUGUGGUUUUAAGUCAUGCAACUUAGGAGUAAUGCAUUUGUUAUCGAUUUUUAUUCAAUUAAUUUUUAGCAUAAUAGUAACAAAAAAACAAUAAUUUUAUUAACUUUUUAUGAUUUCUUUUAAAGUUGUAGAAAUAUUUAUGUAACAAAUAUGUGCCAAACUAGGAUUUUGUUUUAAAGUGUAUCAUUUAUGAAAGUUUUUCUUUUUUUUGUUUUACUAAAACAAGGUUUUAUUUCUAGCUAAAGGAGAAAAAAAGUAAAUAGUAAACCAUGGUUUCAAAUCAUGAAUUUUAUUUUUGAAAAAUUUACAUACACUUAUAAAAUAGAUAAUUGUUAAGGGGAAGUAUAACUUAGAGUUGAACAUUUUAAAGUUUUUAUUAAUGAAUAUUGUCAUAGGAAGUUAGCAAUUUGUACCGAUUUUAGUUAAAUGUGUUUUAACAAAUUUCAUUAAUUUUUGUACCGAUCUGGCUGAUCUUCAAGAGAUCGGUUUAACAAAUACAUCCUAAAGUCGUCUGCAGGAUUACAAAAGUGUUUAUUGUUGUUCAAGUUUAAAUAAGGAUAAGGUCAUAGUAUUUUUUGUCUCAUAUUUCAACCACUUAUAAAUCGAUCUUGCAGAUUUUCAAAUUUGUGUACCAAUCUUCAAAAGAGUAAUAAUCAGGAAGUUGUUUUUAACAGAUUAAUUAACAAAUACAUCUUAAAGUCAUGUGCAGAAUUACACAAAUAUAUUUUUUAAAUAAAGUUUAAAUAGAAAUAAGGCCAACUUAGUUUUUGGCUCAUAUCUUAACCAUUUAGGACACGAUCUGGCAGAUUUUCAACAGAAAAAUUAUCGAUAUUUUAAGCCAAUGAAGAUUUUAAAUUUGCUUUUGAAUCAAAAUCAUUAAAAAAUUUCUUUAAGUUUUGUAACGAUCUGGCUGAUCUUCAAGAGUAAUAAUCAAGAAGUUGUAUUUAAGAGAUUUGUUUAACAAAUACAUCUCAAAGUCAUCAGCAGGAUUACAAAAGUUUAUUUUGUUGAUAAAGUAUAAAUAAAGAUAAGGUCAACGUAGUUUUUGACUCAUAUCUUAACCAUUUAGGAAACGAUCUUGCAGAUUUUCAACAGCAAAAUUCCCGAAAAUAUAUUUGAAAUAUUGUUAAUAACAACUGAGUCCGUAAUUAUUUAAAGAGCUGCGGAACGUUAAUAUCAACUGCCAUUUACGCAAAUGAAGAUUUUAAAUUUGCUUUUGAAUCACAAUCAAUAAAAAAAUUUCUUUAAUUUUUGUAACGAUCUGGCUGAUCUUCAAGAGUAAUAAUCAAGAAGUUGUAUUGGAUAGAUUUUUUUAACAAAUACAUCUAAAAGUGAUCUGCAGGAUUACAAAAAUUUGCAUUGUUGAUCAAGUUUAAUUAAAAAUAAUGGUAACGUAAUGUUUAGCUCAUACCUUAGCCAUUUGUGAAACGAUCUUGCAGAUUUUCAACACCAAAAUUCUCGAAACUAUAAACCGUAAUUAUUUAAAAAGCUGCGGAAAGACGAUUUCAACAGAUAUUUUAAACCAUUGAAGAUUUUAAAUUUGCAUUUGAAUCAAAAUCAUUAAAAAAUUUCUUUAAUUUUUAUAACGAUCUGGCUGAUCUUCAAGAGUAAUAAUCAGGUAGUUGCAUUUAAUAGAUUUGUUUAACAAAUAUAUCCCAAAGUCAUCAGCAGGAUUACAAAAGUUUAUUUUGUUAAUAAAGUUUAAAUAAAAAUAAUAUCAAAGUAGUUUUUGACUCAUAUCUUAGCCAUUUGGGAAACGAUCUGGCAGAUUUUCAACAGCAAAAUUCUCGAAAGUAUAUUUGAAAUAUUGUUAAUAACAACUGAGUCCGUAAUUAUUUAAAGAGCUGCGGAACGUUAAUAUCAACUGCUAUUUGAACCAAUGAAGAUUUUAAAUUUGCUUUUGAAUUAAAAUCAAUAAAAAAUUUCUUUAAUUUUUGUAACGAUCUGGCUGAUCUUCAAGAGUGAUAAUCCAGAAGUUGUAUUUAACAGAUUUGUUUAACAAAUACAUCUUAAAAUCAUCUGCAGGAUUUCAAAAAUAUAUAUUGUUAAUAAAGUUUAAAUAAAAAUAAGGUCAACGUAGUUUUUAGCUCAUAGCUUAAUAAUUUAGGAAACAAUCUGGCAGAUUUUCUACAGCAAAAUUCUCGAAAGUAUAUUUGAAAUAUUGAUAUAACAAAUGAGUCCGUAAUUAUUUAAAGAGCCAUUUAAAGUUGAUUCCAACACAUAUCUGAUAGAAAAUAAUGUUAGGCCCUUAAAAAUCUCUUUGGAACUUUGGAACUGAUCUUUUAAACUAAUCAAGAUUUUAACUAAAUUAUAUUUAAAAAAAAAAUGAUUUACAACUAGCUAUACUUCCCCUAUAAGUUCACAUAAACAUAACCCCGCCCACAAAUCCCUCAAAUAUUUUUUGUAUAGAAGAAAUUAAUGGUUUUAAGCAGAAUUUUUUGAACAAAUUUUUAUUUUUAAAUAAAUUUUAUCGUUUUUAUUUGUCUCUGAACAAUAAUUAAUUGUAAUAAAUAAUAACUAAAUAAAAAUUUAAAAAUAAUUUUAUAAAUAUGGCAAAAAUA